AUGAAGGCCUCCCCGCUGCUCAUCUCAUGGCACAACGAAAAUGCCCCGAUCUAUUCGGUCCAUUUCGACCCCAAUGGCAAGAACCGUCUAGCUACGGCGGGAAAUGCAGGUGAGAUGCUGGCAUCGGCCGGAGACGACGGCAAUGUCUUGCUCUGGGUACCGUCAGAACUACAGACACAUGCGCUAGGCGAGGAUCCAUCAGACGAUAAAGAGACAUGGCGCGUGAAACAUAUGUGCCGCUCGUCCGGCGCGGAGAUCUACGACUUGGCCUGGUCCCCGGACGGGGUGUUCAUCAUCACGGGGAGCAUGGAUAAUAUUGCUCGAAUCUAUAAUGCCCAGACAGGGCAAAUGGUACGCCAAAUUGCAGAACACUCUCACUACGUACAAGGCGUGGCCUGGGAUCCGCUCAAUGAAUUUGUUGCGACACAGUCCUCCGACCGCUCCGUGCACAUCUACAGCCUGAAGACGAAGGAUGGACAGUUCACCUUGACGCCGCAUGGGAAGAUCCUCAAGAUGGAUUUGCCUGCCAAACGCAUCUCCUCCAGCAGCCCAGCACCCCCAGAUUUGACGAGCAGACCUCCACCAAGCACAACCAGCUCCAUUGCCAUUGCAUCUCCUGCUCCUUCAACUCCGGGAACUCCAAUGGCUUCGAAUUUGCCGAUGGACCCUCCGCCCGUGUCGCACAGCCGGCGUUCAUCGUUUGGCUCGUCUCCAUCGAUCCGACGCUCGGCCUCACCAGCCCCGUCAUUGCCGUUACCCGCGGUGAAGCCGCUUGAUAUUUCUUCUCCGGGCCUUUGGGGUGGACUCGCCGUCAAGAACACCAAUCUUUACGCAAAUGAGACAUUUACAUCCUUCUUCCGGCGAUUGACAUUUACCCCCGACGGUAGCCUGCUGUUUACGCCGGCUGGCCAGUUCAAGACCCUCCAUGCGUCAGCUACCGACCCGGCGAAGACCACAGACGAGAUCAUCAAUACCGUCUAUGUCUACACACGAGCGGGCUUCGGCAAGCCGCCCAUCGCCCACCUUCCUGGUCACAAGAAGCCAUCUGUGGCCGUCAAAUGCUCGCCGGUGCAGUACACACUGAAGCAGAACGCUCAACCUGCCAAAAACAUUACCCUGGAUACGUCGUCCGGGGAGGAUAUGUUCCCUCCUCUGCCUGAUUCCGUCGUUCCGACAGAUUCAAAUCAGCCCCCGAAGGAGCAGCCUUCGUUAUCAACACCAGCAGCUGGCGAGGCCUCCAAAUCACCGCAAAAUGAAAAUCAGGGCAGUGACGCCAGCCAAAGCUCGAUGACUCCGGUAUUUGCGCUUCCCUACCGUUUAGUAUAUGCCGUCGCCACGCAAGAUGCUGUCCUUGUCUAUGAUACGCAACAACAAAGUCCGCUUUGUGUUGUGAGCAACCUGCAUUUUGCUACCUUUACCGAUCUUACCUGGUAA